AUGGCGACGGUGACAGAGUACGGCGCCCAUGGCUCCCUCGGGACGGACGAGAAGCUUACAGAAUCCAGGGCGCCCGCCAACACAAUCAACCCGGGACCAAUGAGCCCCGAAGCCGAGGCCACACAGAAGCGAAAGGCGUCAAUAGACUCGGUCGAUGGCGACAGUUCGUCGAAACGACCGAAAAUUGAGGAAGGCGACCACCGCGACCCGCCUACACAGGACUCGACAGUCUCACCGACGAGCUCGAGGCCGCGGGAUGGAGAUGCAGGUGCAAACACAACUCGACGAGCGCCGUUGUCAAGAGAUGAGGAGAAGAAGCGGGGUAAACGGUUGUUUGGCGGUCUUCUCAGUACCUUGAGCCAGACCAACACCAGCUCCCAGCACAAGAAGCGCAGGGAAAUAGAGCAGCGGCAGCAUGAGAAGGCGCAAAAGCAAAGAGCGGAAGACGAAAAGCGAAGAACUGAGAAGCUCGCGCGGAUUACCGAGGCAAGAUGGCGGGAGCAAAUCAAGUUCGACGAGAAGGCUGUUCGUGGUGGUUCCUCCCUCUACUACCGGCCGUGGAAGCUCACGAAAGAGCAAGAGGACGAGGUCGACGACCAGAUUCAGGAUGCCAGGGCGGUUAUAGCAAGAGAGACGGAAGCUUUCAGAGUCCGCAAGGAAGAGCACGAGCAGCGUUACGGCCAAAGCAGGCCGUCCACGAGAGAUGAGGCGCCUACACACGCAGUUCCCGCAAACUCGACGAAGGCACCUUCAGAGCCCCCGGUGGAAGCUUCCCCGGAAGCCCCAACAGCCACAAACAAUGUGCCUUCUCCACAUCAGCAUGAUGAACCCGGCGAUGUCGUUGAGGAUGCUGAGGAUAUGGUUAUUUACUGA